GCGCCCCCCGCCAUGCGCACCGGGCUCCGCGGCUCUCCUGAGCAGCCUCAGCGCGGCGGGCACCGGAGCCUGGGCCGGGACGCCUCUUGCUGAAGUGGUUGGGUGGCCCGGGCAAGGGGUCGCCACGUCGGGGACGCGGUCAGGAUCCGCGGAGUUGGCCCCCGAACGCGGGGAGCGGGGCCACCCGCGCCACCCCACCAUUACCUCCCCGGGCGGCAAGGAGGAGCUGGUGGCGGUCGCCUCCCGGUUGUGGCAGCGGCGGCGGCGCGCCUGCCUCGCAGCCGUCGGCGUACUCCUGGCCAUGGCGCUGGGGUUGCUCAUCGCCGUACCGCUGCUGCUGCAGGCGGCGCCCCCCGGUGCUGCCCACUACGAGAUGAUGGGUACUUGCCGCAUGAUCUGCGACCCUUACAGCGCCGCACCGGGCGGGGGGCCCGCGGGAGCCAAGGCACCGCCGCCCGGACCCAGCACGGCCGCUUUGGAAGUCAUGCAGGACCUCAGCGCCAACCCUCCGCCUCCCUUCAUCCAGGGACCCAAGGGCGACCCGGGGAGACCAGGCAAGCCAGGGCCGCGGGGGCCGCCAGGAGAGCCGGGCCCACCUGGCCCUAGGGGCCCUCCGGGCGAGAAGGGUGACUCGGGACGGCCUGGCUUGCCGGGGCUGCAGCUGACCGCGAGCUCGGCGGGCAGCGUCGGAGUGGUGGGCGGCGGAGCUGGGGGCGGAAGCGACUCUGAGGGCGAUGUGACCAGUUCGUUGAGCGCUGCCUUCGGUGGCCCCAAGAUUGCCUUCUACGUGGGCCUCAAGAGCCCCCACGAAGGCUACGAGGUGCUCAAGUUCGACGAUGUGGUCACCAAUCUGGGUAAUCAUUAUGACCCCACCACGGGCAAGUUCAGCUGCCAGGUGCGCGGCAUCUACUUCUUCACCUACCACAUCCUCAUGCGCGGAGGCGACGGCACCAGCAUGUGGGCGGACCUCUGCAAGAACGGCCAGGUGCGAGCCAGUGCCAUCGCACAGGACGCCGACCAGAACUACGACUACGCCAGCAACAGCGUGGUGCUGCACCUCGACUCGGGCGACGAGGUGUAUGUGAAGUUGGACGGCGGCAAGGCGCACGGAGGCAACAACAACAAGUACAGCACGUUCUCUGGCUUUCUGCUGUACCCGGAUUAG